AUAACCUAACAUUGUAAUUGUUUUGUUACAGAUUUGGAUUUUAAGUUUCAAAGUUAAUAUGGUGCGGAAAUUAAAGUACAAAGAUGUAGUAAAAAAUCGAAUCUCUGUCCGACCGAAAAAACUCAAGAAAAACAAUAACAAAUUUAAGUUCGAUCAUAAGAAAACGAAAACAAGCUUUAAGGGGAAAAUUUCUAAUAAAAGUAAAGCGACGGAAGAUGCCGAGAAGGAAGAACUAGUCGAUUCAAAAAGACAAAAAGUUAUAGCACAGUUACAAGAAUCUUCUGAAAGUGAAGAGGAUUUUGAAGAUCCAUUGGCAAAGCUCCAAGAAUCUUUCACAGGUCAGCAACUUGUAAAUGCUCAGGAAUCUGUUGUUAGUGAAAGUGAUAGUGAUAGUGAAGUCCUUUGCCAAAACGAAGCGCUGGAAAGCUUAGGCGAUAAUGACAGUGACACCAACGAAAUUUCAGACAUAAAUGGCAAUCCAGGUGACGAAGUUAACCGAUUUGGAUUAGAUACACAAGCAAUGGAACACGAAAAUUUGGGAGAUCCAUUUAUUCAACACCUAAAUUAUGAAUUGCAUCCAAAUUUGUUGGAGUUGUUGGAGUCCACUCCCGUGUUUAUUGAUACCCAAUCAUUGUGUUGGCCAAGGCUUGGAAAGAUCAAUUUUGAAAUACCAAAGUUUCCGAGUACUGGAAAUAAUUCAAAUAAAGCACUUAAUACCAAUGCAAAAUAUGCAAUUCCACCAACAUUGCCAAAACAGGUUAAAUCGACGGCAAAUGAAUUAUUUUUGAAAUCACAAAUUUUGCAGAACAUUGAAAAAGCAAAUAAGAGUAAAAGAGAGAAUCAGUCAAUUCUGACACCCUUGCAGGAGGAGCUAUUUACAAUGAUUAACAACUACCAAGAUGUAUAUUUUCCUGUACGUACCUUUGAUAAUGCCGAGGAGAUUUGUUUUGUUUAUUGUUUGCAUGUUGUUAAUCACAUUCUGAAAACUAGAAUCAAAAUUCUUCACCACAAUGCCAAACUGGGUAAUAAGGAGGAAGUACCUGAAGAAUACAGGGAUCAGGGAUUGGUUAGGCCUAAGAUUUUGAUCAUACUGCCAUUUAGAGACUCAGCUCUUAAGGUCAUAAACACUAUUAUUGAAAUUCUUUUAUCUAAUGACAGUGGAAAUGUUAUAAAAAGGAAUAGAUUCAUUGAGGAUUUUUCGGGUCAUGAACUUCACUUUCCUAAGAAAAAUCCAAAACCAGCUGAUUAUGAACAGUUAUUCAGUGGAAACACAGAUGACAAUUUUAAAAUUGGUAUUGCGGUCACUAAAAAAAGUCUGAAGCUUUUUGCAGACUUCUACUCAUCUGAUAUUAUUAUAGCAUCACCCUUAGGUCUGAGAACAGUCAUAGGUGCCGAAGGAGAACCAGCACGGGAUUUUGACUUCCUAACCUCAAUCGAACUACUGGUCCUAGACCAAGCGGAAAUAUUUUUCAUGCAGAACUGGGAUCACUUGAUUCACAUUUUUAACCACAUGCACCUCAAACCAAAAGAUUUGCAUGGUACUGAUGUAUCAAGAGUCAGGCAAUGGAGUUUAAAUUUUUGGGCCAAGUACUACCGACAAACUUUGAUAUUUUCCUCCAUUGCCAUCCCAGAACUAAACUCCAUUUUUAAUAAAAAGUGUUUUAAUUACGCUGGCAAGGCUAGGAUUAUAAAUCGGAUCGUAUCAGGCAGUAUCAAUGGAGUGUUUGUUCAGGUUCCCCAUGUGUUUCAUAGAUUUGAGGCCAAUGGACCCACUGAUGCUGUCGAAACGCGGUUUAAUUUUUUUGUUAAGAAAAUAUUGCCGCAGAGAAAGGACAGUUUCAUGAAACAAACUCUGGUAUUCAUACCGAGCUACUUUGAUUAUGUUAGAGUAAGAAACUACUUUAAGAAGGAGAAUUUGAGCUUUGUGCAGAUAUGUGAGUAUUCUAAGGAAAACAAAGUGGCAAGAGCUCGCGAUAUGUUUUACCACGGAGAUGCCCAUUUUCUCCUAUAUACUGAAAGAUACCACUUUUACAACAGAAUACGUAUUAAGGGCAUAAGGCACUUGAUCUUUUACCAACCACCCACUAUGCCACAUUUUUACAAUGAAAUGUGCAACUUGAUGCAGGAGUCCAACAUGAACAGAAAAGUUGGAAAUGUAACUAAUAUGUCAGUGACUAUUAUGUAUUCAAAAUACGACAUUAUGCAAUUGUCCGCUGUAGUAGGAACCGAUCGGGCUGCCCAGAUGGCACUAUCGGAGAGGAAGCUCGUGAUGUGGAAAUCGGGUUCGGACACUAAAGUAUCUAGGGGUGACCCUGGACUCCAAGCUCUCCUGGACGUUUAUGUCAAUGAAACAAGCCCGAAGGCGCAUCUCUGUGGAUGUGCCGUCGCCUCUGGGGAUCCAAUUGAGGCGUGGUCAGAAGUUGCGUUCUGGAUGUACACGAUGCUGGCUUGUCUGGUAUAUGGACGGGGCCAAAAGGGGACACUGGAACAGGAGCUGGGAUAUAUGGCAUAUAUGGUACUCAGACAAGCAUAUAUACAUGUAUGUAUAGAAGCCGACAUGGCAAGCAGACUGACUCAGGAUGCGACUGCAACAUAGUCUCUAUGAUCGGAGCCUUCGGUUGGAAUAGCAGACAGCGUGUUAUAGACCAAGUGCAUUGAUGGCUCGAUAGGCAGGUCGUUCUGCAUUGGGAAACUUUAGCGGGAAUGAUGCAGCCAAGGUUUGUAGUUGCGGGAUCCUCUACUCCUCAGGGUCAAAAAUGGGCUCUCAGCUUCAGUCGCGCGACUACAAACGCUGGUAGGAAUGCUAAAAGGACACUGCCAUCCCGAUAUCUUGGAGAUGGACAACGACAGCACAUGCAUGCAGUGUUUAGAAGAAAAGGAAACUCCUCCAAUUCAUCUCCUAAACAGUUGCGCACCACUAGGGGGCAGCCGAUUGAGAAACCCCGAAGCUCAAUUCAUUCAACCUGAGGAACUAAAACUCCCCAUGGAAGAGGCAUUGUACUUUCUCGAGAAUACAGGGCUCUUCCGGGUUAAGGAUUGAAGACGUGCGGGCAUAAUGGAUCGAAAGGUCUGAAUCCAGCGCACUGGUUCUUGCAGUGAAGCAGUUUUAAGUUUGGCAUAACAGGUAACACAAAACAUCUAUCGACAACCACUUUUAGUAGGUAGGUGAUUAAAAUUGAAUCCAAAAUUAUUAUUAACUAAAUGCUAUUAAAGUGCCAGUAUUUCAUGAUUAACCAAUUGUAUUUAACGCUGACUAGAUGGAGAAUGUUGCCAGAAGGUUGCAAGGUCGAGAAAAAAAAACAACAUCUGGAACAAUUUUGUAAAGCACGAAACCUCCACGAGAAGAAAGUUAUGUUUCAGAAAGUACCCUAGAUAUGGUCCGCUUACCCAAAAGGGACCGAAAACCAUUUUUUAUUAAGAUUUAGGAAAGCAAUCAGCUGCCUAUCUAAAUACACCGAGCAUAGGAGAUAUCAGCCGACGACCUUUAUACCGAUAUAAAACAAGCGAACGAUUGUUAAUUUCACUACGAAUCGAAGCACCCAUAAAGAAAUCAAGCUUAGAGACCGCCAUUGGUACACAAAUAAUCAGCGUCCUUUUUAACCGUCCACGGGAAUAAGAAAUGUAAAAAUGGCUGCGUUCAAGCUUCAGCGUCCAUCCUUUUUUUCGAUUUAAAACUUUUGGACGUUGCUAUGAAACACGAUAAGUAAUAAGUGAAGCUAUCGACUUCAAAUUUGG